AUGUCCCACCUACCCCACCCAUUUCUCCUGAUGUAUGCCAGUGGUUUAAACCACUUGAAAGCAGUGUUGAAACAAGAGAGCCAAGGUGAAUGUAGAGUUGGGUAGUGGUAUGUGUGGAUAAGGUGGAGUGCCAUCUGGUCAGCACAACUGUAACUGAGGGAGUCAGUGAUAUGGUUGAGCAGUACAGAUGGCCAACUGGCCAUUGAAAAACAUUACACCCAGGUUGGCAGCUGUUCCUUUAUUUCCUGCUCUUGACCUUUUCGAUAGGUGUUAACGUUCCAGAAUAGCCCUUUAAUCAUAUUGGUCUGCUGAAAACUACAGAACUAAGCACCUGUAUUUUCUGUUUUUAUAAGCUUUGGUGCCUUUUACUGUUUACCCUGUCAGGAAGGUGAGCAGACCUUUUGAUCAUAUGCCCAAAAGCAGAUCAUGUUCUUGUACUUCAGCACUACCACUUCCUUUGCGAUAUAUAGAGUGGACUUCCUACAAAGGAUUCCCACAGAAAUGGGACUCUUGGGAGGCUUUUUGUUUCAAUUGACAGAAAUGUGAGGUUUCCUGUUGAAUCGUAUAUGUGGUGAAAGCUUUAAGUGCACAUUCAUGUAUUUGUCAUGGGCCAAGUGUUUCUCCUUCUUUUCCAUAUUUUUAGUUCUUUCUGCUGACAAUUCUCUCUCUCGCUCUCUCUCUCUCUCUCUCUCUCUCUCUCUCUCUCUCUCUCUCUCGGCACUCCUUCAGCGUCUAACCCAUGUGAAGAGAAUGAUGGGCGUGGCCCGUGCUCACACAUGUGUCUCAUCAAUUACAACCGUACUGCGUCCUGCACCUGUCCACACCUCAUGAAGCUGUCCCCCAACAAACAAUCUUGCUUCGGUGAGUGGGACGGCCGUCUUCAAUCUUUUAACACACCUGUAUCUAUCCUUUUCAUUAUCAAAGUCACAAAAAAGUGACUUUGUGCACAAUCACAUAAAAAAUAACCAUUAUUUAAUUGGCACUUGGGAUUAUGAUUUGGGAUAAAUAUCAGCAUUUGCAUGUCAUAUGUUACAUCCAUAACAAUAUCUGAUUUUAAAGGUCAACCACUUCACAAAUCAGUGGUAGCCAUUGAUAUUUCUCUCCCCAUCUGAUUUUUCCAUAGUGUUGAAAAGAUUCCUCCUGUACGUCAGGCGGUCAGAGAUCCGUGGGGUGGAUAUUGACAACCCUUACAUGAACGUCAUGACAGCACUGACCAUCCCAGACAUCGAUGACGUCACAGUUGUGGAUUACAAUGCCCAGGAGGAGAGGAUCUACUGGGCGGAUGUGAAAACACAGACCAUCAAACGGGCCUUCAUCAACGGCACCCGGCUGGAGACUGUCAUCUCUGGAGGUAGAUACUGGCUCAAUCCCACAUUUUGACCAGGGUCCAUAUGGCUCUGGUCAAAGGUAGUGCACUAUGUAGGGAAUAGAGUGCCACUUGGGACGCACCCACUGUCUGUUCUUUAUAAGUGUGUAACUCAGAGAGAUAAUAAUGUAACAGAGGUGGAUGAGUCAUGAUGACUAACCGUGAUGACUCGUGUAAGCUCUCCCAAGCUAAUUCCCAGGCUUUAGCUCAGUUGGCUAACACAGUCUUGUGGUGUGCAGAAACUACGGCUACAAUACUUUAUAGACCUAUAACGUAGUGCCAGUGUCUGCCACUCAUUUCAUUAACAUGAUGGACAUUUACAUUUUCUGAUUGGCGUUGAAAAGGGAUGAAAGACUCAGUGAAGACAACGGCACAUCCGGAACUAACUUCUGCAAUUAUUGUUUGUUUUGUUGUGUCUGAAAGACUUUGAUUGGAAUCUCUGUUUUGCCUAAUUGUAUCACAUGAAAGCACGUCGUCAAAGCAAGAACGACAAUUGCUGUUUUUCAAGAAGUGUCUCCUCUCUCCUGUCAUCCUAAUUCCCGUUCUUGAAAUUUGUGCCGGAGAUAUAAUUAAUGACCCCUGAUAAAGAACAGAACAAAAACCUGCCUGCAUAAGCUUUUUGACACAUUCUAUUAUGUUUACUAUCGCUGUAUUUUUCAAAUAGUGUUUUAUACCAAUGUUUUCGUACAUGUUUGCUGUCCCAAGGUCUGCAGAAGUAUCUGUCUAACUCAUGACCCCUGUGACUCCAUGUAAAACACAUCGUUGGAUGCCUGAUUGACAGCCUUCCUCUCGUUAUUUUCCCUCAGAUAUACUAAACUGCCGUGGGCUGGCUCUAGAUUGGCUCUCUAGGAACUUAUACUGGCUCAGCUCAGAGAAUGACGAGUCUCAAAUCAAUGUCGCCCGCCUGGAUGGGUCCCUGAAGACUUCUGUCAUUCAUGGGAUUGAUAAACCAAGGUGCCUUGUCGUGCACCCCGCCAAGGGGUAAGUAGAUUAAACACCACGGCAUCUGUGUAUUUCACUACUAUCUUCCGGGACUCAACAUCAACGUGGUAUUAGGAAAUCUUCAUUUUGUUGGAAGAAAAACAAAAACCUUCCAAGGUAGACAAGACACUUUGACAUGUUUUUAUAACAGUGAAUUCCCAUGCUUCUCUCAUGAAAAGAAAACUUGUUCAUAGAAUUUGUAGCAAUUAUUCAGUGGAAAUAUAUAGCUUGUAUACAAUUUAGUUGCACAGUAUCAACAUGAAUAAAGUGAGCAGCUCUCACGAACUACAACUAAAUUGAACAAAUUCAUUAAGAACUAUAGUAUAAGGAAAUUAUUAUAAAGUAGAACUGUAAAAAUGUAAUGUAAUGUCUGUGUAAUUUUAUUAUUUCACAUUAGGAAAAUCUACUGGACAGAUGGCAACACAAUAAACAUAGCCAACAUGGAUGGGAGCAACAGCAAGGUCCUUCACCAGAACCAACGGGAACCAGUCGGUCAGUUGAACAUUGUAGCUCUGUUUGUUCAGACUGUGGAACACUACUGCCUGUUCCAACACUAUAUGAUUCCAACAUUCUAUAUCAUGGGACAGAUUCAGAGGAGCAGUCCAACAACCAGCUGGCGGUAUCUACCCUGUCCACUGUAUGGUGUUCAUUUUAGGACAUCCCUAUUCCCUAUGAGGAGGCCAUGGCUACUUUGUAUGUCGUAUUGAGUAUUGAUGUCCUAAAAUGAACACCGUUCAGUCACGUCUCCUCAUAAUGAGCACUAGGUGCAUUUGUUGUGUAUUUCCAAAGAUACAAAGAUAGCAUCUUUCCAAAUGGUAGGGGUUGAAGUCAUUUGCUACACUUGACCUAACUGAAAACCUCUUCUGCUGCCAUACACAGUUGUUCAACCUGAACUUCUACCGUAUACUCAGAUGAUACAAGCUUCAGUGCACAAUUGUUCAUCUGCAGGUUCACGCCUCAAGCAGCGUGUUCUCACAGCACAGGCAGACCUACAAGGUCAAGUCUUCACUUUCUCAGAUAAACACAGUACCGUUGUCUUCACUGUGUCUCAGUCAGGUAGGGUUGGUAGGCCCUGUCAGAAAUAUAAAUUGCCAGCGUGCUAUAUACAUCACAUGACUUCAUUGAUGAUGAUGGGCCGGACCUGGGGACGGUGGUAAAUUAAUGAUGUGUUGUGAAUGUGAAUCUGCCAUCCAUAAUCUACACCAGGCGCGCACACACACACACAAACACACACCGUGGGAGACCGAGAGCUGUCCACAAACACAAUUGAAGUAGCCCCCAGUUGCCACCAUCAAUAGUGCCAUUCUGUCAAAUCCCAUCAUGUCUGCUAGAGAAUGGAUUUAAAAAGGAAGGAGUCACUCUCUGGUCAAAUGAUUUAUAAUGUCAAGUGGAGGUCAUAGAGAUAUCCCAGGCAGGCUGCAAUGAAUCAUUCCAACAACCUCACAGACACAUGCGCCCAUGACACAUGCACACACACGCAGGCACACACACAAACAAACACACGUGCGUGCACGUGCACACAUGACACAUGCACAUACACGCAGGCACACACACAAACAAACACACGUGCGCGCACAUGCACCCAUGACACAUGCACACACACACGCAGGCACACACACACUCGCAAACACACACAUGUGCACGCUCACACUUACACUCACUCCUAUAGAUACACACAUAGUCCUACAUCCAUACUUUCACAUAUGGAGUCACAUCCCAGGCUACAAAAAAGAUUGCAACAAUCUCACACUCACCCCAACAGACACAUACAGUGCUAUGAAAAAGUAUUUGCCCCCUUUCUAAUUUUCUCUACUUUUGCAUAUUUGUGAUACUGAAUGUUAUCAGAUCUUCAACCAAAACCUAAUAUUAGAUAAAGGGAACAUAAGUGAACAAAUAACACAACAAUUACAUAUUUAUUUCAUAAACAAAGUUAUGCAACACCCAAUUCCCCUGUGUGAAAAAGUAAUUGCCCCCUUACACUCAAUAACUGGUUGUGCCACCUUUAGCUGCAAUGACUCCAACCAAAUGAAUUUUUGCCCACUCUUCCAUGCAGAACUGCUUUAACUGCUUUGUCCGCCCGAGUGGCGCAGUGGUCUAAGGCACUGCAUCGCAGUGCAAGCUGUGCCACUAGGAAUCCAGGGUCUGUCGUAGCCGGCCGCGACCGGGAGACCCAUGGGGCGGCGCACAAUUGGCCCAGCGUCGUCCAGGGUAGGGGAUGGAAUGGCCGGCAGGGAUGUAGCUCAGUUGGUAGAGCAUGGCGUUUGCAACGCCAGGGUUGUGGGUUCGAUUCCCACGGGGGGCCAGCAUGAAAAAUAAAAUCAUAAAAAAUAAAAUACAAAGAAUGUAAACACUCACUAACUGUAAGUCGCCAGGCAUAACUGGAACCAUGUCGUCCAAAAAAAUAAUUUUGAAUCAUCUGUCCAUAGAACGUUCUUCCAAGAGUCUUGAUGAUCAUCCAGGUGCUUUUUGGCAAACUUUAGUCAACUUUUUGGACGAGAUGGGUCCCAUUAUGCCUGGCGAAAACCAAACACUGCAUUCCACAGUAAGAACAUCAUACCAAAGGUCAAGCAUGGUGGUGGUGGUGUGAUGGUUUGGGGAUGCUUUGCUGCCUCAGGACCUUGAUGACUUGCCUUAAUAGAAGGAACCAUGAAUUCUGCUCUGUAUCAGAGAAUUCUACAGGAGAAUGUCAGACCAUCCAUCUGUGAGCUGAAGCUGAAGCGCAGCUGGGUCAUGCAGCAAGACAAUGAUCCAAAACACACUAUAAAGUCUACAUGAAAAUUGCUAAAAAGCAACACAUUUGAAGUUUUGGAAUGGCCUAGUCAAAGUCCAGACCUAAUCCCAAUUCAGAUGUUGUGGCAGGACUUGAAACAAGCAGUUCAUGCUUGAAAACCCACACGUCACUGAGUUAAAGCAGUUCUGCAUGGAAGAGUGGGCCAAAAUUCCUCCACAGCGACGUGAGAGACUGAUCAACAACUACAGGAAGCAUUUGGUUGGAGUCAUUGCAGCUAAAGGUGGCACAACCAGUUAUUGAGUGUAAGGGGGCAAUUACUUUUUCACACAGGGGAAUUGGGUGUUGCAUAACUUUGUUUAUGAAAUAAAUAUGUAAUUGUUGUGUUAUUUGUUCACUUAUGUUCCCUUUAUCUAAUAUUAGGUUUUGGUUGAAGAUCUGAUAACAUUCAGUAUCACAAAUAUGCAAAAGUAGAGAAAAUUAGAAAGGGGGCAAAUACUUUUUCAUAGCACUGUAUUAUACAAACUGUACAUUCAAACAACCAUAGUACCUCUAAUACUAGAUGCAUCUAGCAUAUGUGUACAUUUGACUGAUUGCCAUCAUGCGGACUAAGUCAUUAAAUAUUUGACAUGUGAUGACGUUAUUGCAACCAGUUUUUCCCACUUGGGUGGGCUUUACCAUAUCUGACACAAUGAUCUGGCUUAAAAAAGAAAAUGUAUCAUAUAGUCACAUAUAGGUUUUACACCUAUUAUUAACCCCCUGUCAUUCUUCUCCGCCAGGUCUCUCUAUAGACUACACAGCCAACAAGCUGUACUGGAUCAGCUCUGGUAAUGGCACUAUCAACAGGUGCAAUGUGGACGGUAGUGCACUGGAGGUGCUGGAGAGCAUGAAGAGGGAGCUAACCAAAGCCUCGGCCCUGGCUGUUAUGGGUGAGUUGUGGCUAGUUUAAAACGUAUUGUACCCACAUCCAAUGACUUGCAGGUGCUGGGUACAAAAAACUAUUGACAUAAAGAGUAGAUACACUGAUGAAUGCUCCCUCUGUUGUAUUGUAAAACGUUUGGACCUGAAGGUCUUCAUCAGGCUUGAAUAGUGGAGCAUGUCAGCGAGUGCAUCAGAUUCCCAUCAUGGAUUAAGGGAGAAAGGGAGGAUUAGGGCCUAGGUCUGUACAUGUUGCUAGUUAAGUGGCUCCUGGAUGAGGCCAUUUAACCAGUGCUGUGGAAUGACUGUGACAGUUCUGCUUCACUCUGUGUGAAAUUGUCUGGGCAUUAGAUAAUUAAACCACUGGCUGGAGCUGCAUGUUGAUUGAUGAUUGAUUCUUUUUGUAAUGAAAAUGGAUGUGGAUGCCCAUAGUGGAGUGUUGUUGCUUUGUAUCAGUGCUGGAUCUAAUAUGUUGGACAUUAUUACUCCGACAUGGUGCUUCUUUUCAAUAAGAUGGCAUUUCUUUCUCAAGACUAUUUGUUUGUUUGUGCCAUUGCACCAUACAUAAUACAAAGACUCACACAUGACUGAACUGAUUCUAACACUUGGUCACACUUUAAUGCAAAAGCCUAUGUAGGUCACAGUCGAGUCUAAGGUGAAACGUUUGAAAUCUGUGAAUGAAACUUUUUCAAUAAAUACAUAGUGGGAGUAGAAACAAUAUAAAGUUAUCAUUCUCUAUUCUUUUCCCUCCACUGGUAACUAGUCAGCCUCAUGGUAGGGCUUAAAACGAAGAGGAACGUUAAGUUUGGCCUCAGAGGAUGAAAAAAUAUAUAUGCCAAACGUCAAAGUAGAGGUUGUUAAUGUAAUUGAUUUAAGACCAGAUGGAAAGGGAAAAGUAAGACCACAGUGCAUAAGACAUUUAAUUCAGCGCACAGCAUCUGGCUUCAAAAUUGCAUUACUCUCACUACACCAUUUUGGAUUCAGGAUACACAUUUUAAAUAACUACACGUCCUAACAGUUACAAUCUGGACAAUUGGGAGGAAGCUUCUUGCUGUACGAAGAUACAUGUCUGUUUGCCAGGAGUGGUAAUGAGAAGCAGUGACAGAAGGUUGCUGUUUUAACUUGGUGUUGACGGUCAGAAACAUUGUCAAAGAAAGAUUUGCUGUCCUUUGAUGCACCGUAUUUAGUGAUCGUAAUGCAGGUCUUCCGCAUUUCUCAGCAAACGAACAAGCGUGCCUCUCUCUCGCUGCAAGUUUACAAAGACUAAUUAGGCGGUCAGAAAGUAAAGAAACAACUAUUGAAGUUAGCUACUUUAUAGUGUCUACUUAGAGUCCGGAGGUAUGGAGGUUGGAACGACUGACAAUGCAUUUACUUCAGUAUAUAUCUUUUUAAGUUCGCAACUUACGACCAUUUUUUAGUUUUAUUUUAUGGAGGAAGCACAGUAAAGUAAAAUGUUCUUGCUGUUAAAAUUGAGACUUUAUCGCAUUCCACAAAAUGUGAGCCGGAAUGCAAGGCGACAAAGACUAAUGACUAAGUUUGAAAGCAGUAGAAGGUUACAGUAGAACAGUGGAAUGAUGUGUUCACAACAAACCAUCUAUCAUACUUAAUGAAAGUUUGGUUGUAUUGUGGAAAUUAUUUUCAUUGCUUUGAGUGGCAUAUUUAUAUUCUGCCAAAGAUAGAGAACGAUUGUGCAGUGGUUUUGUAUUUAUGUUGGAUAUUGGAAAGGAAGUAUGUGUGUGUGUGUGUGUGUGUUUGUGUGUGUGUGUGUGUGUGUGUGUCUGUGUGUGUGUGUGUGUGUGUGUGUGUGUGUGUGUGGAUGUGUUUAACUAUACUUGUGGGGACCAGAAGUCGCCAGAGGAAUAGUAAACAAAUAAAAAUGUAACCAACUGGGGACAUUUUGUUAGUCCCCACAAGGUCAAAUGCUAUUUCUAGGGGCUUUAGGGAAGAGUGCGUGUGUGCGUGCGUGAAACGUGUUUGUAAAACUGUCACUAACCUCUGUUCAUAACUCUUAGUUCAUAAUACCAAUUAUAAUAAAAAUGUCAAGGUAUGAUAUUUAUGAGCUUACUAAUGAGAAGAGUGGCCAAACAGGUCAGACUAAUGUUUUGCAAUGGCAAUACAAACGUAGAUGCAUGAAGAAUACCUUACACAGUAGCUUUGUGACUUUUCAAAUUAUAACCCAUGACCAUGGAAUUGCAAAUAUUGUGUUUGAAUAUAUUUUCCUGUCCAAUUUAAAGCUAUUCGUUCAAAUUUAAAAUCAACCCAAAAUAACCAACAAACCGAACAGACACAACAAACAUAGUCAAAACCAAAUACAGUAGGGUCAUAUAAAGAGAUCCAACCCAUGAUCAAUAAAACUAAUAAAAAAUAAAGAGUAAAUAUGAGUUAAGGUGUAUGUCUUUUUAUCGCUAUGUAAGCCUAAUGGAUAUUUGCUUUGAUUUUGAAAUAAUGUUCAGUACUUAGGCGAGGUUUUAGCUGGAAACUAUAAACAUAUCCUGCUGAGAAUGUUUUUGCAUCCAGUACAUACAGUAUAGGUUAUUUACAGCUGUGGGAUUGAAGAAAGGCUGUGAUGUUCUUUCAAGAAAAUUACAUUGUGUCCAAAUAUGAUCUGUUGAUGACAUUUCCUAGUGAAAAGCAUAUCAACUUUUUCCCCAGUGAAUCAUCUUUAAAGGUGAAUGACAGAUGUCUGCUCUUCAGCUGUAGUUCAGUCCAUGGUGUGGAAUGAAUGAUUGAGAUUGGAUUUAUUCUCCAGCCAACUCUCAACUCCAAAGCUUUCAUUUAAAAAUCCAUACCCAGUUUCCUCUUGGAAAGGACCCACAUUUAUUGAAUGUAGAAUAAUCUGUUGAGAUCUAUAAUUAAAUUGACGCUGUGGUAUCCAUCAGUUUCAGUAAUAUUGUUUGCUUUUUCAUAUGUUCUUGAUUAUACACCAUCUGUUCCGAAGGCACAUUUCUUAUUAGAUACUGUUAGCUUUAUUUGCUUGCUAGUGUUAUGGGCUUGUGUGUUUUAGUAUGGAAAGCUGUAUAUUCAUGUAAUUGUUUUAUAUCAAUAAUUUAAUUUAGAUGUCAUUUUUUAAUAUAUUUUUUGCACAAUAUAAUAAAAUCCCCCCCAAAAAUUAUAUCAAUAAUUCCCCAUAGGAUUCAAUGGAGAAACACAUUUUUAAUAUCGAUAAUUAUUAUUUUUAUAUCAAUAAUUAUAUUAUAAAUGUCGAAUAUUUAGCAUUAUUAAGAUGUAAACCAGUCAGCUUCUAGUGCAAUGAAUGCCAAUGAAGAGGAGGGUGGAGAGAGCACUGAGAGAGUCUUUAUAUUUUGUUGCCUGAAAAUUAAAUUAAAUAAUUUAUUCAAUUUUUUAAAAAUCCUACCGAUAUACACAUGCUACUCCAUAUUUCUACAGUGAAAGAAAAAUUGCAUAAAUUUGUACAAAUUAAUACAAAUAAAUCAACAAAAAUAUAUUGUUUGCGUAUUGUAUGUCUUCACACCCCAUAGUUCAGAGGUGGUACCACAGGUCCCAGAGUGGUGUGGUGGAAUUCUGGGGCCCAUCAUAUUUCCUGAUCUGGUAACCUGACCGGGUAAAACUCUGGACCUUAUAUGGUAUGACGUGAGUAAUCUGUUGUAAAAACGUUUAAUAUGGAUUAUGAUGGGACCAGAGUUUUUCUAAUCAGGUCACAUGGUUUUAAAAAACUCCUAGAUGAAAACCCUGUCAAACAGCAGCAACCUUUUACUUGUUCAUAUGAAUUACAUGUUAAAAAAGAACUAGGGGGUUUCCUAUACACAGAGAAAGCAACAUGAUUGGACAAUAAAACUCACAGGGCUGAGCUUGCUUUUGCUGCUUUGCAUCAUAGUCCUGCCCUAUGCAACUGUUGGACUAAUUAAAAUUAGUAUUUCAGCUACUGUGUUUAUUGAUUCAUUCCAGUUAAUCAUUUUGUAUUUAAAAGUAUAGGUUUGAAUAUAAACCAAAUCUGAUCCGAUUCACAUUUUCUCACAAAAAAAUGAGCCAUAAAUACACAAUGUUACCACUUCGUUUACCCUGGCCAGAGGGACAGGCCGCAUAUUAGGCUAGACUAUGCAGCUGCUGUUAGCAGCCUACAGUUGAUCAGACUGAAACAUAGUAUUGUUUCCAUGCAGUACAGCAUGUCAGAUCAUUAAUGUUUAGGUGUAUAGGCGGCUACAUUUAUGAAUGAGUUUUUGCUUGUGUCUGGAGUGAUGUUUUAUCACGGUUGCUAAAUAAAUACCAGAGGAGAGUGGAGAGCGCACAUUCUGCUUUGUACAUUGUGCCCAUAGAGAAUGAUAGAGGCCUCUAGUGGCCAAAAGGCCAUUUUAGCAUGGGCAGCACCAUUGAGGACUUCCACCAUUUUAAUAUAGUCAACUGGGUGGGAUUUCCAACUUCAUUGGCGGAUCCCUCCUGAUGACCCUGUUGGAGUCAUGUCCAACCAUGUCAUUAGGAGGGAUCAGCCAAUCGUGAAGAAGAAAAUUGACUACUUAAAAAAAUAGUUUUAAGGCAGCAAAAUGUGAAGACUGUGCAAAGGGUGUGUAGACUUUCACUAGCGACUGUAUGUAGGAGCAUGCAAAUGUAAUCCCGCCCCCAUGAAGGUCAUUAUCAUGUGCACGUUUUAAUUAUAGAUAUCAAAAACUGGAAUUAUUGAUAUCGAUUCAUAUUUUAUUUAAAAAAUUUUUGUUGUUGAAUUAUUAGUAUCAAAAAUGUAAUUAUUGAUAUACAAAAAUACAAUUAAUAUAUGUGAAAACUGCUUUCCAUAGUCUCUGCUCCAUUGUGAAUUAGCUAAUCAAAGUUAUUGAACGCUGAUUAAACAACAGUUCCUUCCUGUAGCGGAGGCCUUUGGUCUGCCUUGUGUUAAUCAAUGAAAGGCUGUAUUUGUAGUGGUUAGGCUUGUUCUCAACCGUCAGCCUGUGUCAAUUAAGAGAGAUUGAGAUAUAACAGGGGGCUGACCUGGAUCUAUUGCCCCCCCCCGUGUGUGUGUGCUGCUGCUGCUGCAUGACAAACACCAUUAUGAGAAUGUUCAGUUGAAGUAUUAAAACAGCAUGUUGAGACUCGAAACUAAAAGUGUCAGAAUGAGUAGCAAAAUUAUUCUAGUCGUCGAUGGAGCUAUCGGGUGUUUUGAAGAGCUUAAUCACAACAAAUGGCAAUUCCCCCAAAAUGUCAACAAUUGCAUGUUUUUUGCCCAAUCACUGAUGCAUCCUGAUGAUUGCCAAGAACAGUUGUGAAUGGAGGUAAUGAAAGCGGUGUGUGUGACACCAGGUUGUGUGACGAGGUGGUGUUGAAGGAGUCAGGCGCAGAAGGGUAAAUCACAGAAUAACAGGCUUUAAUCCACAAAAUACAGGUUUACGCAGAACUGCGUCAAACACACUCCAGGGCACAAAACAGGUGCACUGGAAAAUACAAGGCACACAGGAAAAUACUCCCGUCUAACAAAAUUCACGAGCUCCACCGAGCUUCACUAACCUUCACAAUAAACAAUCACCCACAAGGACAAGGGGGCAGAGGGAACACUUAUACACAGACUAAUUAGGGGAUUAGAACCAGGUGUGUGUGAUAACGAGAAAAGACAAUUGUGAUGAUGAUUGGGGCGGCAGUGGUUAGUACUCCGGUGACGACGAACGCCGAAGCCUGCCCGAACAAGGAGGGGAGGCAGCCUCGGCCGAAGUCGUGACAGGUUGAUCCAUUCAACUCCUGAAGAUACGUGCUACUGUUUUUCGCUGGGCUAGACUGAGAUGUGAGGGACUGUGUUUAGAAGUUGUGUAUGUGUUACGUAAGGUGUUUAGACGGUGUGGGUGAUCCAUCCAUCAGCCUCAACCCAGUGGUUGAGGUUUAAAUUAAAUACGAUGAGCAACAACCAAGCAAUCACCACUACCCACUGGCCCCAGUGGCAACAAAUGAAUGCAGAAAGCACAGCUAAUCUGGACUAGGUGAUCCAGAGGGUCAACUGUUUGGGAAGCAGCAUGUAGGCUGUCAGUCUCACUCAAAGCAAUUUGGCUGAUUCCAGAAAAUGAGUUUUACUUUCCUUUUUAAUGUUGACUUUCGUCCCAAAGCUAUUACACUGCACUGUAGUGGGUUCCUUCCUUCUCUGCUUUACAACAACUGAGAUUUAGGCUACAUUUAGAAAGUGAUUGUAAAUAGGUAACAUCUUACUUCAUUAUAGUCUGUGGUCAGAUAUGAUAAAGGAUAAACACAACAUUUCCAUCUGUUUUUGAUGAGGAGGUUUUGGAGGAGUGGAUGAUGUUGAUAAAAAGACACAUUUUUCGAUUCUUCAUCAAUUUGAAGGCUUAACUGCUUUAUGGGCAAAUCUGCCUUUUAGACACUGCUAGGGUGCAAUCAUAGUCAUCUAGCAGUUUCCCUGCUGACAAUAGUUAUUCAUUUGCAGAACUGAGCAAUAAACACAAAAAAUAGCACCAAUAGAUUUAAAGCAGACAAUCAAUUGUCACAGCUCUGCAAUUUAAUAUAAAAAUACACAAUUAUAAGAAAUAAUUGUAAAUAAAAGAAACAUAUAUUUUUGAAAGUAAUUUUUCUGUUGGAGCACCUCCACUGUCUGCGACUGCAAAAUGCAAUACCACAUCUGUGCAUAACCACUUCAAUUCUCAUACAUUGAGAAAGAUGUACUGAAUCUUUGUUGAUAAUGGCAGUUAUAAUAAAUAUAAAAGUAUAGUCCCUCUGCUAACUUCAGAACACAUUUCAUUCAUAGAUCACUUUUCAGAUUGGGAAAGUUGGCCAAUAUUUAUUCUGGGUACACCACUGUGGCCCUUUCAGCAGUUCACAGUGUUAGGUGAGCUUGGUUGCAGCUGUUCAGUGAGGUUCAUUGCACUCCACUGGGUUUUUGAAUGGAAAACCCUUGUCACGUCUGAGGCAAGGCAACUGCUCUAGUCCAGUCUGAGGCCAAUAGUGAGCGUCACUAGAUUUCACCAGCGGGUGCUGUGAUAGCUCCACUCCUAAAUGGGAUGCAUACACACCACAGGAGGCUGCUGAGGGGAGAACGACUCAUAAUAAUAGCCAGAACGGAGCAAAUGGAAUGGCAUCACACACCUGCAAACCAUGUGUUUGCUGUAUUUGGUACCAUUCCACUGAUUCCACUCCAGUCAUUACCACGAGCCAGUUCUCCCCAAUUAAGUUGGCACCAACCUCCUGUGAUACACACACAGACACACACUCCAAACAUGGACACAUCACUCUCCAAACUCAUGACACAAGUCUCCUCUCCUUAACCACUUCUCCUGCUCAGAAGCACUUAGCAAUGAACAAUACCAGGCAGGUACUCUACAGUCUACAACAGUGGAGUAGGUCCACUCAAACAUGGAGAUCAACAAACACGUACCUGUGUGUAGUAGAGGCUCAGGAUAGAGUAUUUUGGGUCAACAACACUACUGGUUUAUUUUUGGGGAUUUCACUACAUGAAAUGUUGCAUCAUCAGUAGCCUAUUACAUUGUCAGAACUCAUAUAUUCCAGGUUUCAUGCAUGCAAUAUAUCUAGGUCUCCCUUGUAAAAGAGGUCUGUUGAUCUCAAUGGGACUUCCUGAAUAAAUAAAGGUUAAAUAACACAAUAACAAUUCAGACAGAUAAGUUGAUAUGGUGAUAAUGUGGUUUCUAAGGACAUUUCCUUGUUUCAGGUAACAAACUGUGGUGGGCCGACGAUGAUUCAGCCCAUCUGGGGACGGUGAACAAGAGAGACGGACGGAAUCAUGUGGUUCUGAGGAAUAAGACUAGCGGAGUGGUUCACAUGAAGGUCUACGACAGGGAGGGACAGAGAGGUAAGGAACACACGCACAUUUAUUUAUGUACUUUUCAGUUCCAUCUACUGACAUCCAGAAAUGUGACACCAUGAUGUACUACAGUACCUAUAGUGCUCUGAAUAACAUUUCAAAUGUUAUCUUAGUAAAGAUGUCCAUGAAGCUAACAAUGGUGUCCUAUCUCCUUAUUAAUACACUAUUCACCAUGGCCUUUCCAGGAAGGAACCCGUGUCAGGUGAACAAUGGAGGCUGCUCCCAGCUCUGCUUCCCCACGUCAGAGAACACCCGUAGCUGCUCCUGUACUGUGGGCUACAGCCUGCGCACCGACCGCAUGUCCUGUGAGGGUAAGACAGCAAGUCUGCUCUAACUAAGUGUGCAUCCCAAAUAGCACCUUAAUCCUAAUAUAGUGCACUACUUUGGACCAGAGCCCUAUUGGCUCUAUGGGCUGUUUGGAACACAACCUAAGUGGUCAUGCAACAAAUGCAUUGAGCAGUUCAGACACCCUAGCAUCAGAGUAACCACAAGGUCUGUGACAUGAAUUCGCUGUUGCUAAUGAAAUACUAUAUAAACCUCUGUAAUCAUACGAAAAAACAUACUCAAUAUUACUGUGAUAAAUGUACUCUAUGCAUAUUUAUUUACGGUAUGUUAAUCUUGGAAUCCAGAACCACAUAUUGCGUACACACCAUUAACAUAUUUAUGUUAGGUCUGUCACAAGAGACUAACAGUAUGUUACAGUAAUGUAAUAAUUCCUCUCCUACUCUGUAGGCAUUGAGUCAUUUCUGAUGUACUCCAUCCAUGAGGGGAUCAGAGGGAUCGCCUUGGACCCCAAUGACAACAUGGAGGCUCUGAUGCCCAUCACUGGGACCCUGUUCGCUGUGGGGGUGGACUUCCAUGCAGGUAGGUACCCCCAGGGCCCGUAUUCACAAAGCGUCUCAGAGUAGGACUGCUGAUCUAAGAUCAUAAUAAAUAAGAGUGGGGACACAGUCAUUAAAUACAUCUCCUCAGUCAACAAUUAAACCUACAGUUUAAUUGAUUUUAUGACCCCUUUAUAUUGUUCCCUGCAUGACGUCUUCCGCAUUAUACAUGAAACUUACUCCAAAUGGCAGUUUGUAAUCAAGAGAAAAAUGGCGAGAGAGAGGGAGAAUUAUAGAAAGAUAGAGAGAGGCAAAAAAAAUUAGAGCGACCUUUAUUGUAGUAUUCUCUCCAACCCGGUUGAAUAAUGGUUAGUGGUGCUGUUGAGGGCUGCACAGAUGAAAGAGUAAUAAGUCCAUGUUAGUAGAGAUUCAUGAGAAACACCAACCAUUUCUCCACAUGCCCCUGAACCAGGCAUGACACAAAGCAAUUCCCAAGAUAUUGUAUCAAAUGAAGGUAACAAGGAAAUGGUAAUGCAUUAACCCAAUGGCUUGUGCUGGCAUUUGUCAUAUAAUGGGGUUUUCGCUUGCAUAAUUCAUGUUCUAAAUAUGGUGGAUUUAUUACACUGACAAGUGCUUGAACGUGCACUGUCAAAUGAAUAAACUAAGGGAUAGUUAUGCUUCAUAUACUGUAUGUUGCCACGAGGCUCCUUGAUGACAACAAUCAUAUAGGCCUACUGGGAAAGAGAAGCUUUAUCUAGCAUGCACGCACAGUAGCACUGUAAGUGUUGCAUAAAACCUUCGUUUACAAAAACAUCACAUGAUUUAGAGAUAAGAGUGGAGGGGAAAGAUGUUACCUGCCCAAAUAUGAUAGAAUAGGAUCCCACUGGUCAAAAACUGGUUGAAUCAACGUUGUUUCAAUGCAGUUUGUCAAAAUAUUGUGACGUGGAAUCAACGUGGAAAAUACAUUGGAUUUGAAAAAAGUAAUCAACUGUUGUUUUGAGGGUGCAAUUUCAACCACAGGAUAGUGUCAUCAUGUUAACCACAUUUCAACAUAGACAAACUUUGUAUAAAAUAUGUUGAAUUUGUACCUUUAAAACAUUGUCAGAUCUUCAAUGUUAUAUCCACUAUCAGAAAAAAAAACUAUAGGCUGGGCAGCACCUCCUACUGGAUAAUUUAUUUAUCUACAGCUACCCUGCUUAGUUAGCUAUGAUAUUUGUCACUAAAUAUUACCAAUGUGCUAUCAUGAGAAUGAUUGUUGAGAGAUCCCCACUUAAAAACUAAAUAGUGCAGAUUCACUGUUACCAGAGCAAAUGAAAUGUGACUAUACUUUAUCACUCAUAUAUUAAUAAUAAAUUAUGUUAUUUAGGCCUAUAUAGCAUUUGCAAAGUCAUCAACAGCUAUUAUUAUGAUUUAACCCAGAAUUCAACUAAAAAUAGACAAUACAAUAGGCCUAGUGUUUCAAGCUCUGAUUAAUUUCAAAUGAAUUGAUAUUUAGUGAUAUUGUGUUUGGUUGUCAACGCAACCAAAUAUCAACAUUUGAAGGAGUUGUAUCUUCUGCUUGGAUAGUUCCAUCUGUGCCACUGACAUAACCUGGCUUUAAUUCAAUUAAGAAUUGAUAUGUUGGAUUCACGUCUCCAUCUCAACCAAAAUCGAAGUAAAAAAAUAGUACUAAAUUAAACUUUAUUUAAAGUGAAUUAAAGUUUUAUUUUAUUUAGUCCUAUUCUUUGACUUAGAUUUUUGGUUGAGAUGGAGACAUGAAUCCAACAAAUCAAUUAUUAAUUUGUAGACAAACUGGAAUUAAAAUCAGGUUACUUCUCCUUUAAAUGUUGAUAUUUGGUUGUGUUGUCGACCAAACACAAUCCAAUAUUACUUAUAGCCUAAAGUUAAGGCCAUCUUCCAAACUAAUAUAAUAUUCAAUCUUAAAAUGAGUAACAUGGCCACAUUGAGGUUACUGUUACUAUAAAAUGUAUUUUUAUGUAAUCAUAUAAAGCGUGCAUGUUCAAGAUAGCAUGCAUAGGUCGUUGCAGGUCUGUGGAGAUCUUCACAAUUGCUGUAAUAAUAAUCGGCAUUGAUCACUUGCACCAUGUAAUCUCAACUGCAAUCCAGGUCAUUUGGUUGUGCUAUUACAUGAAGCACAUUGAGAACACAUUCAUCUGUUGUAUAAAUAAACAAUAUAUCUGACAUUGUAGUCCCAUUUGAACUUUUUGCUGUGCUUUUAAAUGGUUGACAUGAAAGCUCAGUGAUAGACAUUUGGGUGACAACUAAACCCAAAAUCUGACAUUGUUUUUCCAUUGGAAUUUGGUUGUGCUUUUAGAUGGUUGAAAGCCUAGUGAUAACACAUAGGAAAUUCAACAAACUUUUGGCUUUCUUUUUGAGUGGGUGAAUAUAGGUUGUAACCUCAUUGAUCAACGUCUCAACCAAAUAUUACCCAAUUAUCCACAUUGAAAUGACGUGGUGUGCCCAGUGGGAUGAAGGUAUGGCAGAAAAUAAGUGUUGCAAGGCAGCACUUCCCACAGUAUGGAAAGCUCAAAGACAAUUAAUGUCAGAAAUGUCUCAGAGACCCUGAAUGUCAAUGGUAAUCUUGAUAUGCGACAGCUUGCAUUUUAGGAAAUUAUUAAACUAAAAACUUAACUUUAGCUAAAAUUGGUUUUAGUCUUAUGUAUGCAUAAGGUCUUAGUUGCCCUCCCCUUUGUUGCUGUUAAACAGGUGAACAUGCAAACACCUAAGCACAGAGUCAGCCAGCAACAGCAGCAGCGGUGGAUAGCUCACACAUACAAUUUGCAUAUAAUUAUGAGGCAGGUCGUUGGUGCAUAAAAAAGAUGAAAGCCUUCCAGCUGGAUCCUGUCACAUGUAAGAUAUGUGUUAACGGAGUGUGAAUUCUGUAUAAACAGGAGGGUGCAAAUAAACACAUAAUGCUGCCUAUCCUCCCGACAACCUGGGCCCACUGAACUGACAGGCAAAUAACCAAAUGUACUUAAGGCUUUAAGGCUGGACUCGGAAAUGAAUGACUUCGUAUUUCAUCCUGUCGUAUAUGAAAUAGAGUUAUAAUCUGAAAGGAUCAUAACAUUUUAGAUGCUAUGUUUUGCAUAUGCAAUUUAUUUUCCAAUAAAACCUGGAAUACAAUAGCCUUUUAAUGUCCCGGUGUCAACAAGGAAAUAAGGUCUGAAUGGAUAUGUGAACAAUACUCAUAAUUUAUAUCCCCAUUUUGUGAAAUGGAGCAUGUAGUUGUAAUAUUAAGAAGAUGACUUCCUUAAAAAAACAGUUAUAUUAAGAAGGAGGCUAUGUUAUGUGCCUACCUUUUCCACAAUAGUACAAAAAGAUCAGGUCCACACUCUUGGAAUUUAGGUGAAAAUUAUUACUGACGAGCUCAAGUCUACGCACGACUACUAAAGAAUACCAAAAGUUUGCAGUCUACGCACCAACUAAUAUACUGUAGAAUAUUACGAGUGUGCAGUUAUUUUCCUUACUUUGUUUCUUACCUUUCCACAGGUAAUGACACAGUGUACUGGACAGACAUGGGCCUGAACACAAUCUCCAGAGCCAAGAGGGAUCAGACCUGGAGGGAGGACAUCAUUACCACGGGCAUCAGCAGGGUAGAGGGCAUCGCAGUGGACUGGAUUGCUGGUCAGUAUCGUCUUCUGUAAAAUGUACAAAAUGUCUUCUUACUUUAAGUGGUCCUAUGUGGAUAUACAGUACCCCCAUCAAACAUUUCCUGAGAUUUUAUCUCGAUGAGACUAACCUGUAUAAAUAAAGGUAUGCAUUAAAACUAUUGAGUCAAAUUGAUAAAUUACACAAGUCUUCAAAUGACAUUUCUCAUGUUGUGAAUAAUCUCCUUAGUUACUGAUUAGUAAGAGUAACACUGUCCGUUAUACAACUGUUCUUUGUACAACUCUAAUACCGGUAUCUUUGUGUUCCUCCCACAGGUAACCUUUACUGGACAGACCAUGGUUUCAACCUCAUAGAGAUUGCCCGUCUUAGUGGUGCCUACCGUUCUGUAGUCAUCUCCGAGGGACUCGACCAACCCAGAGCCAUUGCUGUUCAUCCACAGAAAGGGUAUGUGUGUGUGUGUGUGUGCGUGUGUGCACGCCUGCAUGUGUGUAUGAAAGAUGAAUGGGUAACAGACAGACAGUCACUAAGAAGAGAUAAAGUUGAAAAUGGACAGAGGAAAUAUAAGUGUAUUUGACCAGCAGGGAGUGAAAUGACUCAGACAGCCUUGACCACCUCCAGAAAGAGAUCAAGAUGUUGCUCGAUAAUAAUCACUGGGGACAUACUGCUGUUUCUGGACUGGAAAUAGAUCAUGUCAUUAGGCUUACUAGUAGGAACAUGUCCCCUUGCAGUGAUGUUUGUUGUCAUGACUGACCUAUGUGAAGUUGUUUAGCAGUUGUAGGUAUUGUGUGCAGUGCAGUAUGAUUCAUUUUGAGUGUGCCACUAAACUUUCAUGAUCUGGUGUUGACACGGCGUGAAAUGCCUACUGUAAGAAGAGCUUUGUGGUGAACUAAAGUGAAACAAUAUAUGAUUUCACUUGCAUAGCCUCUGAUAACUUUGGUAUCACAUUAUAUCACACAAUUUGUCCUUUCAGAUCUGUUCCAGUUGUCCAACCAGUUGGAUGUCAAUAAUAUUGCUGGGUUUGCCUUUCUUUCUUUCUUUCUUUCUUUCUUUCUUUCUUUCUUUCUUUCUUUCUUUCUUUCUUUCUUUCUUUCUUUCUUUCUUUCUUUCUUUCUUUCUUUCUUUCUUUCUUUCUUUCUUUCUUUCUUUCUUUCUUUCUUUCUUUCUUUCUUUCUCCCCCCCCCCCCCCCAUCUAUCUCAGGUAUCUGUUCUGGACAGAAUGGGGCCAGAGCCCCUGCAUAGGUCGAGCCCGUCUAGACGGCUCAGAUCAGGUCACCCUGGUCAACUCUGGCAUUGCCUGGCCCAACGGGAUCUCCAUAGACUAUGAGGUACAGUACCAGACACCUCCUGAUCAUUCAUGUCCUAUUAGCUCUGAUCCAUCCACCUCAUCCUAAAGCAGUUUCAUACCAGCAUCCUAUCCUCAUCCUUCUUUGUGUGGAUAUAAUGUACCCAAUGUACCCCCAUAAGAGGAUAGGGGGAUAGUAUGGUGAUGUGCAUUUUCAAAUUACUUUCCAGGAAAAUAGAUUAUACUGGUGUGACGCCCGCACCGACAAGAUAGAGAGGAUCAACCUUGAGACGGGUGAGAGCAGGGAGAUUGUACUGUCAGAGGCCAACGUAGACCUCUUCUCCGUGGCCGUGUUCGGAGCUUACAUCUACUGGUCUGACAGGUAAUUUAUUAUUUCCUUAUAUGCACACAGAGUGGGCUGUAAAGUCUGAUAAUCUAACCUGGUAUUAACCCUUCAUCUCAGAGGUCUCAGUGUGGAGAACCUCAGCUGAGUAUUUUCACAUGAGGGGUACCAUAUUUAUGUAAAUGUACUAGCAUACCUCAAUGUCAUUAUCAAGGGCAGAUCCCUUUGCCUUUUGUCCAACGAGUUAUCUUGAGUUAUUUCAUGCUUGCUUGAUUAUUUUCUGUAUGAUAAAGUGCAAUUGAUAAGUACUUUUAAGAAUCAAAGAAUAAUUAAAAAGAAAGUGUCAUUGAUUACUUUUUAAAACUUUUCUCUCUGUCCUCAGAGCUCACUCCAACGGUUCCAUCCGGCGAGGCUUCAAAAGUGAAGCCAGCGAGGCAGUCACCAUGAGAAGUGGUCUCGGGGUCAACCUGAAGGAUGUGACAGUCUUCAAUAGAGGCCGGGAGAAAGGUUAAGGUUUCAACUUAAUGCUCCUUUUUGAUUCUCACCCAUCACCAUCAUCAGCAGCAUUGUUUAAUUUCCUAAUCUACAGUAUGUAUUGGUCAAAAUCAAUUCGGAGACAUCUAGCACAAGGGAAAUACAAAACUACAGUUCAUGUACAGUACUAUACACAAGUGACCUAUCUAUCUAUCUAUCUAUCUAUCUAUCUAUCUAUCUAUCUAUCUAUCUAUCUAUCUAUCUAUCUAUCUAUCUAUCUAUCUAUCUAUCUAUCUAUCUAUCUAUCUAUCUAUCUAUCUAUCUAUCUAUCUAUCUAUCUAUCUAUCUAUCUAUCUAUCUAUCUAUCUAUCUAUCUAUCUAUCUAUCUAUCUCACACUAGCACUUCUAAUUUUGGCACUACAAUAAAAAUGAUCAUAACAAUGACAACUUUAUAACCAUGAAACUAAUGAGGGGAAAGUCAUCUGAGGUAGAGUAAGUCUUGAACACAGUGUUUGUCUCUGCCACAACAGGUACCAACCCAUGUGCCAGGAGCAACGGGGGUUGUCAGCAGCUCUGCUUUCACCUGGGCAGCGGGCGUAGGACUUGUUCCUGUGCCCAUGGCCACCUGGCAGAAGACGGCUUUGCCUGCGAGCGCUACGAGGGCUACCUGCUGUACUCUGAGAGAACCAUACUGAAGAGUAUCCACCUCUCAGACGAGAGCGACCUCAACUCGCCCGUCCAGGCCUUUGAGAGGCCCGCCUACUUCAAGAACGUUAUAGCGCUGACCUUUGAUUACCGCCAGAAAACCGCUGGAGGGACCAAUCGCAUCUUCUUCAGCGACAUCCAUUUUGGGAAUAUCCAGAAGAUUAAUGACGACUGGACAGGACGAAUGAUCAUAGCCGAAAGUGAGUGCUGUUUACUUUAUGACACAAACACUGUCCAGUCAUGCCAAUAGUCUGUGAUUGCGGCCCGCAAUUCGGGGUGUUCCUGCAUGUUGGCAGGAACCCCCCCUCGAGCAUCCCAUUGGUUCCUGCAUGAACGCCCCUCCUCGAGCAUCCCAUUGGUUCCUGCAUAAACGCCCCCCCAUUGAGCACGCCAUCUUCAUGCUUGUGUGACUAUUUUGAUACUCUACAUUUACCCUGAUUGUCUAUGCGAUUAAAAUGUGGGUCAAAAGGGAAAAAAUGUAUUAUCUGAGCUUUUCAGAGGCAAAGGACACUGUCUACCAGUGUCCUAGCUAGCUAGCACCCAGUGUACUUCGCUAACGACUGCCGAACACCUGCCCUCGCUGCCGUUAACAGAACUGUGGGAAAACAGUGCCAACAGGCGGGGGCGAAGGACACUAUCUACCGAUGUCCUAGCUAUCAUUAGCUAGCUAGCUAGCUAUCCCGCCUGCUGUGUACCGGAGUCCUAACUAGCUAGCACCCAGUGUCCUAAAUGCCUGCCGAACACCUGCCCUUGCCGUCGUUAACAGAACUGCGGGAAAACAGUGCCUGACAGGCGGGGUGAAGAACACUGUCCACUGUUGUCCUAGCUAGCUGGCUACCGUUGUCGCCUCUUUUUCUGUGGGGUUUAUUUCCGGUUGGCAUCCAACGUUAUGUUGCAUUACCGCCACCUGCUGUACUGGAGCAUCCCCGCCUCCCGCCUAUGUACCGGAGUCCUAGCUAAAACAUUUCUUGAUUGGACUGAGAAAAAACCCUGGUGCAGAGGGUAACUUUUUUUUAUUAUAAUUGUUUUACCUUUAUUUAACUAGGAAAAUCAGUUAAGAACAACAUUUUAUUUACAAUGACGGCCUACCCUGUUGAUGCUUGGCCAAUUGUGCACUGCCCCAUGGGACUCCCAACCACGGCCGGAUUGUGAUACAGCCUGGAAUCGAACCGGGGUCUGUAGUGACGCCUCUAGCACUGAGAUGCAGUGCCUCCCGCUGUGCCACUCCAGUCUGAAAUGAGGAAUUCAGACUAAAUGUAAAAAAUAAACAUUGUGUAAGAAUUGACUGUUAAACUUUAAAAGACUCACCCAAUAUAAUUCCUACUUUAAGACGCUUGAUAUGGUCGUUUUGGGGAAUGUACUUUGGUGGUUGUUACAGAUGUUGUGCACAACAUUUUUGGGAAUGUUAGGAGAACAUUACAAGGAUAUUUAAUUUAAAACAUAAAAAAGGUGUUAUUAAAAACAUUAUUUGAAUGUUUUUGGGAUAUCAUUCUAAUGUUAGAUAAAACACUAUCUACAACUUAAUCGGAAUCUUUUCUGGGAAUGUUGGGCAGGGUGCUAAGUCAAUGAUGUGAUAUGAGGGUCCUACUGUAUGAUGUAAAAUUAGGGUCUGCAGCCAGCCUCUCCUGGCUCUUAGCAGCCAUUUGUGAAAAGCCAUUUGUGGAGAAUAAAGUGUCCGCGUCCUUGAUGUAUUGUGUGGCUUUAAUGCAUACUCCAUCAAGUAUAGAGUAUUGUAAUGGCCACGUCUAUUCUUCUUGUCCUAAAUGGGACCCAUUUAACUGUCAAAUAAGAUGGUUACAAUGGGGGAUGUUUUUUAGGUCUUACUAUUAAUGGAGAAAAUUACCCUGCUCUCAUUUUCACCACAUUCAGACCAAAACAUAAAUAAGUGGCCAGAGAGAGUGAUACAAGGUAUAUUGACCACUCUGCCUAGCAGAGCAGCAUUUGCAGCAUUCACUACAAGAUUAGCUAGCUAAGGUUAGAAGUAUUGCAAGGAACAGCGACUGCAUAAAAUAAGCCUGAGUAUUUAGGGUAUUUGGGGAUUAAGGGCAUUUAUAGGACACAUGGGGGCUUGUGAAAAUGGCAUCUCCCACAGAUAAAUUCAAAAUAUAUUUAUUUGGCUUGAAUAAAUAAAUGCAUAUAGAAUGUGAAAUAAUGCAUUUCAUAACACAUGGACCUUUUUUUAGCCUGCCAGUCAGUCAAUCAUUCUAGAUGGCAGGAGAAGAGGCAGCAGAGCCGUUGUGUCUGUCCUCCCUCUCGAACCCACUCAAUCUGGGCUUGAUAAGGCUGAGUGGAGGCAGAUGAGCAGGGAAUUCCUCUGUUCUGCAUGCUUAGCAUCUUCUGCCACCCUCUGAAGUCUCCUCUGAGAUGGGAGCUCAAGUCACUCACUCACCCUUCACAUUCUGGGAGAACAGUGGGAGUCCACUGAUCCACGUCCCCACCAUGUUCUACUGUUGGCAAAACUGACACAGACGGACGGGGUGACUGGAGAGAGACUUUUUAUUUAGGCUUUGACCAAGAGGAGCUAUGAUCGUUUUUAAAAGCGUCUCCUUCACUGUCUUCUCUACCCUCCUCUCCUCCCUCUCCUCUACCCUAUUCUCUGCCCUCCCCUCCUCUACCCUCGUCUCCUAUCCCUCCUCUCCCCCUUCUCUCCUUCUUCUCCACAAAGUUUUACUGCGUACCCUAUCAUUGAAGAAGGGUGAAGAUGUUAAUCAUCCAUAUUUCCCCCAUUAAUUACUCCCUGGCCUCUCCAACGAUUUCCAGAAAACCAAGCUGUCAGUUGCCUUUUAUUGCAAACAAUUAAUUAGCAAUCAAGCUGACUCAGAUAGUGCCUUGAGUAUUCUGUAUGUUUGGUUUAUGGCUUCUAGAAAGCACUGGAUUCAUCCCAGAUCUCCAGAAUUGAUCAAUUAAGCACUCAAUCCACAGGAGUACAUGUGCCAUUGAGUUGGAGUUCUAGGAUAGAAUUAAGGUGUUCAUGUUUUAUCCAAGCACCUUACCAAUGGUUCAGUAAAAAUGCCAGAUGUUUUAGUGCAAAGCAAGGACAGAAAUAUCUGUGCUUUGUCCUAUUAGGACAAACAUGUUCUUUAUGUUUGUCCUAGUACUCUGAUGAAACCCUAUUUUCAUGCCAAGCACAUACAGUUAGCUGUAUCUAUUUGAUUUCAUUUAGUAUUUUUGGUCACUAUUGAAUUGCCAUUCAUAUGUCCCUGCUCACUAAGAUAACAGUAGAAAUUCACUCAAUGAAUGAGAUACCUGGAAUAUGCCAACUCAAUAUUUUUUAAUUGACCUGUAUUACCAGUCGAUGUAUGAACAACAAUGGUUUGCGGCAGAGACUACCCCGUGCCCUAUAUGGAUACAUGGAUUUCAGUUUACUUCAUAUUUUCCUGGAAUUAUGUUUGUUUGGACUUGUCAAUGUCUUAUCAACUGUGCGAGUGGCAUCAGAUGCACUGCAUGUAUUACGGGUUGAUUAAUGCCUCGUAUAUCCAUUUAAAGGUGCAAUAUGCAGAAAUCGAUCAACCAUUUCCUGGUUGCAAAAAUUCUAAUAGUUCGCCUAAUUUCAGUUUAUGUGACAAAACAAGCACUUAGAGUGUAGAGAAUAAUUGUACCAUCUAAACUGCUGUAAAAUAUAUUUUCAGUAACCAAAAUUAUUGUAUUUUCAGCUGUUUGAAACUUGUGUACAAAACCGAAAGUAAAAGACGCAAAACCAAAACUAAGGGAAGCAUAGAAAUAGCACACAUAGAACAUAUCUACCGUGUCUUAGCUUGCUUUCAAUGCAAAUUACAGAUCUGUAACUCCCAUUUCUAUGUGAAUUUGGUCAGGUCACCCAAAAACGUACAUAUUGCAGCUUUAAGUAUUUCCAAUGAACAGGUGGAUGUGACAUUGUUGGAUUUGUUAUUAUAUUACACAAUGUGCAGAGUUUAUAUUGUGUGUGAGCAGGAGUUACAAUGAAUUCAACUUUGUGGCUGUAAUUGCCUACACCAGUGUUUCCCAACUCCAGUCCUUGAGUACCCCCAACAACACACAUUUUUGUUGUAGCCCCAGACAAACUCACCUGAUUCAACUCAUUAAGGGCUUGAUAAUUAUUUGACAAGUUGAAUCAGGUGUGCUUGUCCGGGGCUUCAACAAAAUUGUGCUGUUGGGGGUACUCGAGAACCGGAGUAGGGAAACACUGCCCUACACUACAAAUGAGAGAAGCAUGGUGGUAUGUGCAUGUUAACAUUUCAUCUAAAAAAAUAAUUGGCUUUGUUCACCCUGAAGUGGGUUCAGUUCUGUCCACCUUUAUCAGUGGAGUCAAACACACUGCAUGUAUUACCAGUUGAUUAAUGCCAUGUCCAUUACAUGUAAGUAUUUACAAUGAACUGGUGGAGGCUGGAUGGUUGGAUGAUAAUGGUGACGUCCUUGUCUGUGUCCCCCAAGAUGUGGGUUCAGUGGAGGGGUUGGCGUACCAUCGUGCCUGGGACACUCUGUACUGGACCAGCUCUACCACCUCCAGCAUCACCAGGCACAGCGUGGACCAAAGCCGUCCCGGUUCCUUCAGCAGAGAGGCUGUGGUCACACUCUCUGAAGAUGACCACCCCCAUGUCCUCUCCCUGGAUGAGUGCCAAAAGUAUGUGGUUCUGGUUCUACUCAGUCUCCCAAUAGCCUGGUCUUGCCAAUUGCAAUGGUCAUUGUCACAACAUAGGAGUUGGCAAGACAGCACAACCACAUCUAGGAACAGGCUGAUCUUUUAAUAGUUUGUUGCUAAAUGAUGUCUGAAUUUGUAUGCAACACAACUGUAGUUCCGUAGCUACUACUUCAGAUGCAGUAUGUCAUUCUAUGCCUGAGGCUAUGGUUGUAUUCCUUUGCUUAUCAGAUAUAUAAGCUCACAAUCAUAUUGGGUGCAUUACAACACAAGACAUGCCUCCUUGGACAGAGUGAAAUGUAUUGCUGUCUUAAGACAAUUCCAUCUAACUAAGUUCACUUCUUAAACAGACCUCAGUGGACUUUUUUAGUUAGAGCAAUGAGUAUAAUGUUAUAUGGCACAUACUGUAUGUAUUCAGUUCUGUAGAGAAGAUUGUAUAUCCACGGUGUAGUGAAGGAGAGCUCUAAUUGGUUUGACACACUCACAUUUGAAGAAAUACUGCCUGCAGUGCUUUCACAAUAACAAACUCAUGUUCCUGUUAUAUCCAUUAAGAAAUAAAAGCAUGUCUCAAACUACGGUAAUUACACCUGUCAAGAAGGUUAUCGCAGAAUGCUAACCUGGAGUUCACUAACUAAUUAAACUCUUGACCUCAGUGUGUAUGCGUGCAGUUCGUAAUUUGGCACGUUUCAAACAAACUCCAGACUGCUGAUAAUUUGAAUUUCACCUGCUAUGAUAAAUUAGCACUCUUUGACAUAUUCUUACUAGCCCCUAUGAAUCAAUACAGACUUUCAAUGCUGUAAACAUUUUCUACUGUAGGGAGGAUCCAGCAUAACCAUACCUAGGCCUAUAUCCAAGUUCAACCUUUGCGAAGAACUUCAAAAGUAUCGAUUGUUUAACUUUGAAACAAUCUCUGGUAGUUUGAAUGAGGAUAUAAGCCCUCUACUUUCAGUGCUCAGUAGCGUAUCUAUAACUGCUGUACACUGUAAUACAAUUCAGAGAUUUCUUUUAUUUAGCAAAACCUACUUCAGAUAGAGCUUCCAUUUAUUUACACUCCCACACGAUUAUAAUUUGUAAUAUUCUUAGUAGUUAGCGCAAAGAAAUGUGAAUACACAUUCUAUCUAGCAUUCAUUGAGUAGCAAAACUGAGGCAGCGCCUUAUCAGAGAUGGGAGCUGCAGUAGCUCCUGCAAGGCCACGCUAACACAGCCGACACAACAUGAGGAGCAGAUGACAGGUCAUGCAGGCCAUCGUGAGUUAUGGGAUCACUAGAUAACAGGAGUGACACAACCAGAUAGAGCAACAGGCAAUUUAGAAUGGCUGCCUAUGAAUAAUUCUUACAGCGAUUAUUGUUUAUUUUACCCUACAAAGAAAGCCAAGGAGCUUGACAAGUUACAAUUGCAGUCCUAUUUAAGCCAUCAUACACUCCCCUGAUUCAAUUUCAGAGAACAUUUGUUUUGUCCUCCUCACUGAGGGGGUGUAAAGAUGUCUGAAGGGAAAUGUGCAUAAAGAGAUAUCGAAUCUGGGUUACAUCUGUUUGCAGUGAAGGUGGAAAUUACUUUUAAGACUUGAGAUAAAAGACUAGUAAAAGAAAAGAAAAAACAUACUGUUAUUAUCCAUCUUUCCUGUUCCCAGUCAACUAACUUCUUUGAGGUGGUUUCUCAAAUCUCCAUCUAGUUAAUAGUAGGUUUUUGAAUGUUUAUUUCAGCCUGAUGUUUUGGACUAACUGGAACGAGCAGCGUCCCAGUAUUAUGAGGUCCACCCUGGCUGGAAACAACAUGAAGGUGAUCGUCAGCACAGACAUCCUCACUCCUAACGGACUCACCAUCGACCACAAGGCUGAGAAGAUCUACUUCUCUGAUGGAAGUCUGGGGAAGAUAGAGAGGUGUGAUUACGACGGCUCACACAGAUAUGUGAGUAUGGCCAACAUGAGGAUUCCAUAUGUAUGCCGCUCUUAAUGCUAUCACAGUUACACUAUGUUACUCUGUUACACCAUGGGCUGGAUUACGAAGCACUUUUAAUGGAGAUUAAGCAUGCUUUUUAGUCUAGGACUAGGUUUAAUCUGUGUCCUGGAAAGCAGCCAUAAGGGCUCAAUUUAAGUCGUAGAAUGAAUGACAUCAUGGCAUUUCAUUAACACAUUCUAAUGAAUGUCCCCUCUUAUCAUGCAUGACAUGCUGCAGCUUGUUUGACUUGGGCUGUAGAAAAGACCACGGAAUUUGGACGUAUUGAUUCAAUCUCACUAAGGACCAAAAGGAUAGGCAGUACAAAAAGGCAAUUACUUCUUGUUGAACCAACAUGUGUUCUGACGUUGUCACGGUCCGUAGCUUUCUAUGGAGGAGAGAAAUUAUAUUUGAAACAUGGUAGACACAAAGGUAAUGAUUCUCUGCUGAAAUGUCAAAGUAUUAUGUCCCCUUAAGCUGAGAUGGGACUCAUUUUCUACCCGUUACAUUAUCUCCCAUUCCUAUUGAGCCUGAUGGCAUUUUAGCCGUAAUACAAUGGAUAGCUUCUGUAAUACCUCUCAGCAUUCUUUUCAUGUAUUAUAUCUCGAAAGACAGAGUGAAUGGUUUACUUAAUUAUAGAAGUAAUUUCCCUUCGAAAGUAAAGGAGCUCAGAAAGAGGGUCGGUCUAAUUUUAUCCGUGAGAGGUUCCAUGCAUAGUAUAUAUUCAUAGUGGUGAAAAUCCAGGAUAUGUAUCCCUCUGUAUCCCCAGCAUGUAAGGGAUUACAUUACAAUUUGGCUCUCCUCUUUGCCAACGGUUUAACAUUUGUACUUGACACAAUCUAUGUGACUGAGGACCUUGACCCAUCUCAAUUUGUUACCCAUAUGUCUGCCAAAACAGGGUUGUGCAUCUCAAAAGUUGCACCCUUUGGGUUCCCGCAUUCCCCGCCUGCAGUCUUUUUCCUGCUAAUGAAGGCUCACACAGACGAGACCUGUGGGGGCGUGCCCGUCACUGUCCCAAUUAGAAUGAGAGAGAGAGAGAGACACACACCUCCAUCCCAGGAAUCUGGGAGUGUCAUUACAGCCUGUGACUGUGUGAAACCCCCUCCCCCUUCUGCCCUGACAGACAUGAGAUGAACACAGAGUACAGCAGAAAGCUCUUAAGGCCCACUUGCCCUCCACACUCCACUGUGGCAUUUUAAGUGAAGCCGUUGUGUCAUUACCCAUGCUGACGAGAGCCCGCUUGAGUAUGUGAUGGGGAUAAGGUGUUAACACAUUCAGGCAGUGAAAAGACAACCUCUUAGGUGUGAAGAGACUGAAUACUAAUUAAGAACUGGUACUCAAGGGUGGUAAGCAUGUGGCUAUAUGAUCACUGAAUAUGAUUUUCAAGAUUUAUGACCAUCCCAAAUCCCAAAAUAAAAGUGACAAUAAUCUUCAGAAUUAAAUAGCUUUUGAAGAGUCUUCUUGGGAUUUAAUAAAACAUGACACUUUAUAUGUGAUGUUUCGAACAUGAAUUUGAUCAGACAUGACUAAAUUGUGUGAAGUUUCAUAUACAUUGACAUAUUUAUGCACAUUAUUGAAAGUUAUGCAAGUAAUAAAAUACUUAUGAUGUUCUGUUCAAUAUACUCAGAACAUGCAUAUACUUUAAGUAGACUAUAAGAGAUUUGGAACGCGGUAGUAAUUAGACCCUGUGUACAAAACUAGCUUCCUCCCUAAUCUAAUUUAUUGUCAAUAAAUUCAGUCAAAAGCCAUCUGGCGGCCUUGUCGUCUCUCGCUCUCUCACUCUCUCUCUCUGCUGGCCAGUUGUUUUCCCUGUAACACGCUGGGCUCCUUUUAAUCAACACCUGUCCUAUUAAUCCCUGUAUGGCAGCAGGGCUAAUGUGAUGAUGGUUACAAGCGUGUCCCACUAAUGGCUGAGACUACAGAGCUGUAGGAAGGCAGAGUGAGACUCCCGAAAGGAGCCGUCUGUCUGAUGUAUUCCUGCCUCCCUAUCCAUGAGACUGUCAUUUUCUCUGCCAGCAUCUGGGUUAAGCACUAACCUCGGGGAGGGGUGGGUGUGUGGGCUUUUCUGGACAGGGGUUGAUGAUGCAGUGAUUCAUUUCCAAGUGCAAUCUGUUGUUUUUCAAACAAAAGCAUUUUAUGUUUAGAAGUGACAGAUAUGAAGUCUUUGAAAAUCAUAUUGUGUUUAAGUAGAGUACAAGGAUUUAGCUAUGGCUUUAUAUUGGCACUGUAGACAUACUGUAACAUUGCAUUUGAUACCUGCCAAGUUCUGAAUGCUUUAACUGAUGUACUUCUUUGUAACUUACAGGUCAUUGUGAAGUCAGGACCAGGAACGUUCUUUGGCCUGGCUAUUUAUGGGGAGUUUAUCUUUUGGUCAGACUGGGCUCGCAGGGCCGUGCUGCGAUCCAACAAGUACACAGGUGGAGACACAAAGGUACUGCGAUCAGACAUCCCCCACCAGCCCAUGGGAAUCAUCGCUGUAGCAAACGACACCAACAGCUGUGAGUAUUCUCCCUAGAAUCACUUAUGUCAAAGAGAAAGAGACUGCUUGUGAAUGUUUUAUUUGUAUGUGUGAGUGUGUGGAAGCCUGUCCUGUGCAUACACAUAUAAACACAUAUAAUUGCUGUAUAAUAGGAAAUGUGUGAGAUAAGAAUAUAUGUAUUACUGUGAACAAUGUUUGUUGGUGGUUUUCAGCUGUCAUUGAUAGAUCUGUGGACUAGAUAGAUUUGCCUGCGUUUGUUUAAUUUAAUUUGGGGGUCUUCUCUUUGCUAUAGUUCUCCACUUAAACAAGUCACAUCACUUUAUUUAUCUACCAGGGCUCCUUCUCUUGAUAUGAAGAAAAAAGCAUGAUGAAUUAGGAUGGUCUUAUUUAGCUGGGAAGAAACUAAAGCUGGCAACAUAAUGAAUAAAAAGGUAUCCCUGAGUUGAAGAGGAGGGCUCUGAAGUGUUGCAUAUGUAAGAACUAGGACAUUGGGAGAAGGACUUAAGGGCGUCCCAACGGCUUGACUCCCUCUGUGAGGAUGCUGAGUGGGACUUUUCCUUCUCAUUUAUUUCAUCAUCGCAAAUGAUUGCAGACAUCACCCUCUGACCUCUCCGUCUUGCCAAAGGGAUGAGUAACAACCUGCAACGUUGAAGGAAAAAAUACUGCUCUUAUUUCAUAUGCCACUUAGCAGAUACUUUUAUCCAAAGCGAUUUUACAGUACAGUUAAUGCAUGCAUUUGUUGUACAUGUAUGGGAUCCCUGUGGGGAUUGUACCUACAAGUCACGCUCUUACAUGUACCAACUGACCACUGUUCUUCUCACCAUAGUUUUCACUUCCUCCUGGUUGUGAAAUGUGAAGUGAAUGGGAGAAUCUCAAUUGCAUAGUCCUUGCGUCCUCUCUCCUCGCCUCUUUCUCAAAAACCAUUGGAGGGGAGGGACCUCUGGCUUUCUCAUCCAAUGGGUUUUGAGAAGGAGGUGGAGAGAGGACGCGAGGAGUAUGCAAUUGAGAUUCUCCCAAUGUCUCCUUAUCUUCAUUAGUCUUCCUGUCUGUCUGUCCUCCUGUCCCUCUGUAAUCAGAUGAGGCCAACCUGAACCUUGGGGCUCUAGGAGCUCUUCCAGGGGCCUGCUGAGUCAUCCAUCCUCACACACACACACACACAUCCCUUACACAGACACUGAUGCGUGAAUGGGUUUGAGGGAAGGGAAGGAAAACUAUGGUUCAUUUGUCAUGUAUCUCUCCGGUGAGCGCUUGUGAUACUGGCACUUUAUCGUUUCCCUUCUCUCUGCAUCCCUUGCUCUUUCGUUAUCAGGGUGGAUGGGACCUUACCUGCUUGUUCCUGUCACACUGACUGAGCUAAUGCAUCUUUUAUGGUGGAUUGGUGGGAGCUGGGAGCUGGGGGUUGUGACCGUUGGCCUUGAAAUAAACUAUGCUAAUUGAGGUUUAUCCCUUAAUAAACUAGUGACGUUUAGUUUAUUGGUCUUUCAGCAUUACUACAUGUUCCUACAGUUGAAGUCGGAAGUUUACAUACACCUUAGCCAAAUACAUUUAAACUCAGUUUUUCACAAUUCCUGACAUUUAAUCCUAGUAAAAAUUCCCUGUCUUAGGUCAGUUAGGAUCACCACUUUAUUUUAAGAAUGUCAUAUGUCAGAAUAAUAGUAGAGAGAAUGAUUGAUUUAUUUCAGUUUUUAUUUCUUUCAUCACAUUCCCAGUGGGUCAGAAGUUUACAUACACUCAAUUAGUAUUUGGUAGCUUUGCCUUUAAAUUGUUUAACUUGGGUCUGUCACGGAAUCAGCCGAGGCUGCUCCUCCUCCUUGCUCGGGCAGGCUUCGGCGUUUGUCGUCCCCGGAGUACUAGCUGCCACCGAUCGAUGUUUCGGUGUUUGUCUUGAUUGUUUUCACCUGUUUCCCAUUAUGUUACAUUGUAUUCCCUUUAUAACCCCCUGUCUCUCAUUGGUUAUUGUGUGUGAUUGUUUUCCGUGAGGUCGGCAGUGUUCGGGUGUAUGCGUAUUUUGUUCCUCCCUGUUUGGAGGUUUUGUUUGUAAUGUUGAUUACUGUGCAAGUAAAGUUAGUCUGCCAGUAGCUCGGUGUCCUGCGCUUGACUUCACUCACAGCAUACACGUCACCCUGACCGGGUCAAACGUUUCAGGUAGCUUUCCACAAGCUUCCCACAAUAAGUUGGAUGAAUUUUGGCCCAUUCCUCCUGACAGAGCUGGUGUAACUGAGUCAGGUUUGUAGGGCUCCUUGCUCGCACACACUUUUUCAGUUCUGCCCACACAUUUUCUAUAGGAUUGAGGUCAGGGCUUUGUGAUGGCCACUCCAAUACCUUGACUUUGUUGUCCUUAAGCCAUUUUGCCACAACUUUGGAAGGAUGCUUGGGGUCAUUGUCCAUUUGGAAGACCCAUUUGCGACCAAGCUUUAACUUCCUGACUGAUGUCUUGAGAUGUUGCUUCAAUAUAUCCACAUAAUUUUCCUUCCUCAUGAUGCCAUCUAUUUUGUGAAGUGCACCAGUCCCUCCUGCAGCAAAGCACCACCAAAGCAUGAUGCUGCCACCCCCGUGCUUCAUGGUUGGGAUGGUGUUCUUCGGUUUGGGACCCCCUUUUGCCUCCAAACAUAACAAUGGUCAUUAUGGCCAAACAGCUCUAUUUUUGUUUCAUCAGACCAGAGGACAUUUCAACAAAAAGUACAAUCUUUGUCCCCAUGUGCAGUUGCAAACCGUAGUCUGGCUUUUUAUGGCGGUUUUGGAGCAGUGGCGUCUUCCUUGCUGAGUGGCCUUUCAGGUUAUGUCGAUAUAGGACUUGUUUUACUGUGGAUAUAGAUACUUUUGUACCUGUUUCCUCCAGCAGUUUUACAAGGUUCUUUGCUGUUGUUCUGGGAUUGAUUUGCACUUUUCGCACCAAAGUACGUUCAUCUCUAGGAGACAGAACGCGUCUCCUUCCUGAGCGGUAUGACGGCUGUGUGGUCCCAUGGUGUUUAUACUUGCGUACUAUUGUUUGUACAGAUGAACGUGGUACCUUCAGGCGUUUGGAAAUUGCUCCCAAGGAUCAACCAGACUUGUGGAGUUCUACAAUAUUUUUUUCUGAGGUCUUGGCUGAUUUAUUUUGAUUUUCCCAUGAUGUCAAGCAAAGAGGCACUGAGUUUGAAGGUAGGCCUUGAAAUACAUCCACAGGUACACCUCCAAUUGACUCAAAUGAUGUCAAUUAGCCUAUCAGAAGCUUCUAAAGCCAUGACAUCAAUUUCUGGAAUUUUCCAAGCUGUUUAAAGGCACAGUCAACUAAGUGUAUGUAAACUUCUGACCCACUGGAAUUGUGAUACAGUGAAUUAUAAGUGAAAUAAUCUGUCUGUAAACAAUUGUUGGAAUAAUUACUUGUCAUGCACAAAGUAGAUGUCCUAACUGACUUGCCAAAACUAUAGUUUGUUAACAAGACAUUUGUGGAGUGGUUGAAAAAUGAGUUUUAAUGACUCCAACCUAAGUGUAUGUAAACUUCUGACUUCAAGUGUUUAUUGUUGAUAUUCAACAUUCGGAAUGGCUUUGACGUUACAAUAUACUGUAAUAAUUGCCACCUCACUUUGUCUUUUUGCCUUCUGUUAUGUCUAUAGCAUCUGUUGUUGGUCUCUUGUUAUGUCUAUAAUAUCUCUGGUUGGCUGUGUGUUUUGCAGGUGAGCUGUCCCCAUGUAGAGUCAAUAACGGUGGCUGUGGUGACCUGUGUCUGUUGACCCCAGAUGGAAGAGUCAACUGUAGUUGUCGGGGAGCACGUGUCUUAUUAGAUGACAACAAAUGCAUUUGUAAGCCAUGACGUUUUGCCUUUUUAAACGACCAUACAGUAAAUAAUCUUGCAAUUCUCACAAAAAAUAUAAUGUAGUUGAUUGCUCUACAUUAACUGAUUAACUUAGUUUCAGUGGAGAAUAUACAAUGAGUAUACCAAACAUUAGGAACACCUUCCUAAUAUUGAGUUGACCCCCCCCCCCCCCCCUUUUUGCCCUCAGAACAGCCUCAAUUCGUCGGGGCAUGGAGUCUACAAGGUGUUGAAAGCGUUAACCUAUCUCCUCCCCUUCAUCUACACUGAUUGGAUUUAACAAGUGGCAUCAAUAAGGGAUCAUAAAUUAGCUUUCACCUGGAUUCAGUCGGUCAUGUUUUGUAUACUCAGUGUAUGUACUUCUGACAUCAAGGUCAUACUGGCACGGUUACAGCUAAGCUUAGUGCAGCUUCUGCUAACUUUGAGACCACAGCUAAAGUCAUUAUGGUAAGAGAAUAAAUCAACAUUUGACUUGACUAAGCUAAUUAAACAAGUCAUCUACUUUUGCAGCCGAGAAUUCCUCCUGCAACAUCCACACAGAGUUUGAAUGCGGAAAUGGCGAGUGCAUCAACUAUCAGUUCACGUGUGAUGGAGUAGCUAACUGCAAAGACAAGUCAGAUGAGAAAAUGCAAUACUGUGGUAAGCAAUUUAUCUUACUGUAUAUCAGCAUUUUUGUACUUCAAAAUCUGCCUUUGGAAAUCUCUCCCAGUGAACAAAAAUAUAAUUCACUAUCUACAAUUAUACAACGGGUGUGUCUAAUCCUGGACACUGAUUGGUUAAAACCUAAUUCCAGCGAGUUACUACCGGCUAAAGCUAUGACGUUGAAAUGCCUAUUUACUCUGUUACAUCUCACUGCGCAAUCCACUGUCUCAUCAGCCCAGCCAGUCAAUUUAUAAACUUGAUCUCCACUGUAAAAAGCAUCUAGACAUUAUCUCCCAUUUCAUUUAUACUAGCAAUUGGUUUUCAAUAGUGCCGAUUUGUAUAAACCUUGCUGUCUGUCUCUGACAUUUGCAACAUUGUUUCAGUAUUAAAAUUAGAUCUCCAGCUGACCCAUAGUAAUGAACGUGUAGGGGUCGGGAGUUGGGAUGAGACAGACAGGAAGGCAGCUUUUCACAGCCAGUCGAAAUCAUGAAUCAGCCUAAUUUUUAUGGAUAUAUACAAAGAAAUGUCAAUAGAAAAGAGGUCAAACGAAAUGAAGUGCAGCUAGUUUGCAGUCUUUCCAGCUUCAGUUUGACGUGAUUGUGUUAGGUGUGUUGUUGGCUAGCUCCUCUCAACAACAGUGUCCUGACGAAAGAGCAAAUGUUCUAUGCCAGGUAAAAUUGCGCAUUGUUAGCUCAUUAUGGAUGUAUCCAAAUAAAUGUCACUAGAAAACAUCUUAAACAAAUGCAAACACAGCUACUUUGUUGGUAUUCUGGCUGCACUAUUUCACGUGACUGUAAGUUAGCCGUAGUUGGCUAGCUAGCAAGCAAGGGAUAAGAACGUUGUCAGCCAGUAUAGCAAUAGAACAUUUAGAACGAACGACUGGGUCGUUAACAUUGUUCUUAUCCCUUGCUUGUAUAAAAGUGAUAAUGCCCUCAAAGCCGGUGUUUGGCGGAUAUAUUGGCAAGGUUUGCCGGCCCUCGACUUCAUCUUGGGCCUAACAACUCCCGUGCCAAUAUAUCCUCCAAACACCGGCUUCUCUGGAAUGAUCACUUAACUACAUGCUAGCAAGAUAGCCUGGUCACAUCUUAUGUGCUGUAACCAUCCAUAUGGCAUGACAACAAUAGCAGGGUUGGCUACAGCACAUAUGACAACCAUACACUCUUAGAAAAAAGGGUUCUUCGUCUGUCCCCAUAGGAGAAACCUUUUUGGUUCCAGGGAGAACCCUUUUAGGUUCCACGUAGAACCCUUUUGGGUUCCAUUUAGAACCAUCUGUGGAAAGGGUCCUACAUGGAACCCAAAAGGGUUCUACCUGGAAACAAAAUGGCACGCCCCCAUUCUCAUCGACAGGGCUGUAGUGGAACAGGUUGAGAGCUUCAAGUUCCUUGGUGUCCACAUUACCAACAAACUAUCAUGGUCCAAACACACCAAGACAGUCGUGAAGAGGGCAUGACAAAGCCUAUUCCCCCUCAGGAGACUGAAAAGAUUUGGCAUGGGUCCUCAAAUCCUCAAAAAGUUCUACAACUGCACCAUUGAGAGCAUCCUGACUGGUUGCAUCACCGCCUGGUAUGGCAACUGCUCGGCCUCCGACCGCAAGGCACUGGGGCCAAGCUUCCUGCCAUCCAGGACCUCUAUACCAGGCGGUGUCAGAGGAAGGCCCUAAAAAUUAUCAAAGACUCCAGCCACCCUAGUCAUAGACUGUUCUCUCUGCUACCGCAUGGCAAACGGUACCGGAGCACCAAGUCUAGGUCCAAAAGGCUUCUUAGCAGCUUCUACCCCCAAGCCAUAAGACUCCUGAACAGCUAAUCAUGGCUACCCGGACUAUUUGCACUGCCCCCCCCACCCCAUCCUUUUUACGCUGCAACUACUCUGUUUAUUAUUUAUGCAUAGUCACUUUAACUCUACCCACAUGUACAUAUUACCUCGACUAACCGGUGCCCCCGCACAUUGACUCUGUACCGGUACCCCCUGUAUAUAACCUCCCUACUGUUAUUUUAUUUCACUGCUGCUCUUUAAUUAUUUGCUAUUUAAAUUUGUUUCUUAAAAACUGCAUUGUUGGUUAAGGGCUUGUAAGUAAGCAUUUCACUGUAAUGUCUACCCCUGUUGUAUACGGCGCAUGUGGCAAAUAAAAAGGGUUCUUCAAAAGGACAGCCAAAUAACCAUUUUAGGUUCUAGAUAGCCCCUUUUUUUUUUUUUCUAAGAGUGUAGAAGAGCACAUAGUGUGGGACUACGCCAGUUGUAAUCUAGAGGACGACAUGUGAAGAAAGUGACAGUAGCCUAAGGACUACCAUUAGCAUUUUGUUUGGAAGUGAACAUAUUUUGUUUUGUCAUUUUGUCAGACAACAGGAACUGUAGGAGAGGCUUCAGGGCGUGCUACAACCAGCGCUGUGUGGCCAACAGUCGUUUUUGCGACGGGGUCGAUGACUGUGGGGAUAACUCAGACGAGGCCUUCUGUAACAGUGAGUAUGGAUAGAACGCUUAAUCUCCCAGUCAAUCCUGACGCCUCAGAAGGCAGGUCCCUCUCUGCUUACGCUCUCUCACUGUGUGGGUGGGUGGGUGCGUGUGUGUGUGCAGCCUUGCAGGCUCCACACUGGGCUAAGCCCAUCUCUUUAAUGAGCCCCAACAUCACAUAGCUCCUUGUACUCAAAUACCAAGGACCACUCCUCAGAGACAGAAGGGGAGGAUGUUAGGCACAAAAUGUUCAGAAAAUUAUCAUUAGAUUGGCUCACUCUUCACGUUGUCAUUUGUCAUCAUUUUCUACAAAAUGAUAAGUAAUCAUGCAAAGAUGGCCCCUAAUCGCCAGUGUUUGUAUUUUCUAUUCAAAUCAAAUGGUAUUCAAAAUCCAAUUUGCUAUUUUUUAAAUUUUGUUUCUGGGGCUGUGAUUCAGCUGCAUGCAGUUGGUCUAGAGGAAAACAAAUCUAGCACUGUUUAACAGGAACUUAAUGUGCUUUAAACCUGAAACAAGACAAUUAAGAGAGGCUGUGAGGCAGCAGUUCUCUAAAGAUGGAUGAAGCUUUCCAGGACUGUGAUAUCAGGCACAUCUAGCUGUAAUGUGUCUCAAAGCAUGCAGUCGGUCCGGUUUUUAAUGGUAAAUAAUCAACAGAACCCCUGUUAAAACGUUUAAUUAUAUGCAUCUAAAUGAAAAGACCAAAGUAAAUUGAGCAAGAAAACCCCUUCUCUUCACUAGAGCUAUCAAAUAUAAUGUCUCUGUAGGGUCUUAAUAUCUAAUGUGUAGUGGUUUAUUAGUAGGGCUCAUAAUAACAGACCAUAAAUGGCUUUCCCAUAAACUAAAUUAUCAUAAAUAAGUCCUGAAAUUAUCAUGUUUUUAGAUUACUCAUAUGUUUUUUUGUUUGCUUUGAACUGAUUCGCACGCGCACACACACACCCCUGACAUCCUCCCUAUCCUAGAUAUUCUCCCUGAACCUGAUGCUAAACACUACUGAGUCAUCUACCUGUUUCACACUAUUAAGCGCUCUCUCUCUCCCUGAUGAUUUAGCAUCGGGCCUUUUUGAAGUGUUAAUUUCCCCUUCCCUCUCUCAGAUGUCACGUGUGUGUCGUCUGAAUCAUGCUGCCAGGAUGGGAGCUGUAUCACCAGCUCAGCCUGGUGUAACCAGGUCAUUGACUGUGCUGAUGCCUCAGAUGAAAAGAACUGCAGUAAGUUAAGCCUUUUCAAGGUGUGGUGUGUGAUGAUCCAAAAAAGUGUUAGUUUGCAAACAUGGUAGCCUGUUAUCACCAUUGAUGGAUCACUUGGGUUCAGUCAUCCAGCAUUAUCCAGAUUAUAUUUACAGUCUUAUUACACAGGUAAAAGAGCAACUAAAUGUUCAGUGUUCACGUGACUUUUACCUGUUUAUACCUUAUCCAUCCAAAUGCAGGAGAAGUGUUAGUGACUAUUUGUAGUAGCUAAUGUUUAGCUAGCUAAUGUUUUUGUGUAGACCACACAGACUGCUCUGACUUCUACAAACUGGGAGUAAAAGAGAGAGUCUUCAUUAGCUGUAACUCCACCUCACUGUGUAUCCACCAAUCCUGGAUCUGUGAUGGAGCCAACGACUGUGGAGAUUACGCAGAUGAGACCAACUGCCAGGGUGAGUCUCCUCUCCUCUCCUCUCGUCACCUCUCCUCCUCUCCCCAUGCUCUCUGCUUAGGGAAGACAGAUUGAGGAAGUCAGCUUCAACUAGAGAAGAGUUAGAGAAAAUCAUAAAACAUACAUUUGAUUUCCUGAAGUGAUUAGGCAAGCCAGAUUUAGGGAUUCUGAGAGAAUCACCUCUAACACCCAGACGACUCUUCCCUUCCAUUGUUGUCUGCCCUAGUUUCGCAUGGGCAGAAGUGUGAAGAUGGCCACUUCGCCUGCCCCAGCGGUAACUGCAUCUCCAGUGUUUGGCUGUGUGAUGGACAGAAGGACUGUGAGGACGGAGCAGAUGAAUUUCAGUGUGGUAAGGCUUUGCUAUGUUGAUGGUCCAUUACAUUACAAAUAUACUAUUUAUAAGACGGCUUGUCCGAAUGACUUAAAGACAUCUAUAGGAAGCCACAAAUCCAGUGUAUUUAUAUGGACAGAAAGACUGUGAUAACUUGGCCGAUGAAGUUCAGUGUAGUAAGGGGUUGCUAUGUUUAUAAGACCAUGUGGGUAGCGACAUUACAUUCCACUACAAAGAGACCAUUUAUUAUUGGGUUUGUUUGAAUGACUUCUAGACAACCACAGGAAGCCACAAAUCCAGUGUUAGUCAUGACAAAUCAGUAAUGAUUAGAGUUAAUUGUACGGUACGUCACAGAGCCAUGUCUCUACUACAAGUUCUAUUGUUCAUCCUCAUUGUGGGUUUAAUUGCAUUUCGAAGCUGUCUGCUAACCUACUUGUGGGUGUUGUAGAGAGAGUCUCUCUCCCGCCCAGAUAUUCAAAUAUAGCCACUUAAAAAGGACACUGUUUUUUUUCCUGGCUUUGAAUUAGCAUAUUCUACCUUUGUGUGUAACAAUUAAUUAAUUAGCCAUCAGUCAUUGUGAGUUGUUACCAGAGAUGGAAACAUGUGGGUUCACUGAAAAGUGACUGACAUCUAAAAGGAUCACAUGGAAUGUUGCUUUCACAUGGAACCCUCUUACCCACUCUCACCAGGGAAGACAAGAACAGUUCUAGCCCACCUCUUUGAUCCUCUUUAAUGUUUGCUAACUUACCAUGACAAAGUAAAGGACUUUCCCAUUAGAUAGCUAGAGCAUAAUUGAGUCAUGGUCUGGGUAAAUAUAAUUUGCUAUCAAACCAAUGACUUAUUAAUGUACAGUGGGGAAAAAAAGUAUUUAGUCAGCCACCAAUUGUGCAAGUUCUCCCACUUAAAAAGAUGAGAGAGCCCUGUAAUUUUCAUCAAAGGUACACGUCAACUAUGACAGACAAAAUGAGAAUUUUUUUUCCAGAAAAUCACAUUGUAGGAUUUUCUAUGACUUUAUUUGCAAAUUAUGGUGGAAAAUAAGUAUUUGGUCAAUAACAAAAGUUUCUCAAUACUUUGCUAUAUACCCUUUGUUGGCAAUGACACAGGUCAAACGUUUUCUGUAAGUCUUCACAAGGUUUUCACACACUGUUGCUGGUAUUUUGGCCCAUUCCUCCAUGCAGAUCUCCUCUAGAGCAGUGAUGUUUUGGGGCUGUCGUUGGGCAACACGGACUUUCAACUCCCUCCAAAGAUUUUCUAUGGGGUUGAGAUCUGGAGACUGGCUAGGCCACUCCAGGACCUUGAAAUGCUUCUUACGAAGCCACUCCUUCGUUGCCCGGGCGGUGUGUUUGGGAUCAUUGUCAUGCUGAAAGACCCAGCCACGUUUCAUCUUCAAUGCCCUUGCUGAUGGAAGGAGGUUUUCACUCAAAAUCUCACGAUACAUGGCCCCAUUCAUUCUUUCCUUUACACGGAUCAGUUGUCCUGGUCCCUUUGCAGAAAAACAGCCCCAAAGCAUGAUGUUUCCACCCCCAUGCUUCACAGUAGGUAUGGUGGUCUUUGGAUGCAACUCAGCAUUCUUUGUCCUCCAAACACGACGAGUUGAGUUUUUACCAAAAAGUUCUAUUUUGGUUUCAUCUGACCAUAUGACAUUCUCCCAACCCUCUUCUGGAUCAUCCAAAUGCACUCUAGCAAACUUCAGACGGGCCUGGACAUGUACUGGCUUAAGCAGGGGGACACGUCUGGCACUGCAGGAUUUGAGUCCCUGGCGGCGUAGUGUGUUACUGAUGGUAGGCUUUGUUACUUUGGUCCCAGCUCUCUGCAGGUCAUUCACUAGGUCCCCCCGUGUGGUUCUGGGAUUUUUGCCCACCGUUCUUGUGAUCAUUCUGACCCCACGGGGUGAGAUCUUGCGUGGAGCCCCAGAUCAAGGGAGAUUAUCAGUGGUCUUGUAUGUCUUCCAUUUCCUAAUAAUUGCUCCCACAGUUGAUUUCUUCAAACCAAGCUGCUUACCUAUUGCAGAUUCAGUCUUCCCAGCCUGGUGCAGGUCUACAAUUUUGUUUCUGGUGUCCUUUGACAGCUCUUUGGUCUUGGCCAUAGUGGAGUUUGGAGUGUGACUGUUGAGGUUGUGGACAGGUGACUUUUAUACUGAUAACAAGUUCAAACAGGUGCCAUUAAUACAGGUAAGGAGUGGAGGACAGAGGAGCCUCCUUAAAGAAGAAGUUACAGGUCUGUGAGAGCCAGAGAUCUUGCUUGUUUGUAGGUGACCAAAUACUUAUUUUCCACCAUAAUUUGCAAAUAAAUUCAUGAAAAAUCCUACGUGAUUUUCUGGGUUUUUUCUUCUCAAUUUGUCUGUCAUAGUUGACGUGUACCAAUGAUGAAAAUUACAGGCCUCUCAUCUUUUUAAGUGGGAGAACUUGCACAAUUGGUGGCUGACUAAAUACUUUUUUCCCCCACUGUAUACCAUACAUGUCAUUGCUUCUGUCAUCAAAGUGAAGAAGAAGGAUCUUCCAAGAGCAUUUGAGUGCCACUGAGGUGUUAAGACGUAUCCUCACCUCACCUCUGUCACAGUUAGGCUUCAGAUUUAAUAAAUGCACUGAACUACUGAGGAAUUAUUUCGUUUUGAUACAAUGGCCCACACAAAUAACACUGUCAUGUGUUAACUGUCUUGAAGAGUAAGAUCAUACUUGUUUAUUGAAGUGAAAUAAAUUACAGUAAAUUGUCUAAAUCAAGGGACGAACGAGGUUUGGUAAUCAUAUUUAAGGAAUUACAUGUUAACAGGGUGACUCAUAGGAGACCGUUUUCAUUUCAUCUAACAUUAUGUGUACCAUCAAAGGAGUGAAGAAUACUUUCCCAUUCAUUUAGCUAAGUGCUUCAUCAUUGUUUGAAUUUAUUUGAAUUAGAAAUCAUGGUAUUGAGAAUAAAAAACAUACUGUAGCUCCUUUCAAAGCUGAGCAGAAUGAUGCUGCUGUCUGAAUGGCAUUCAGUCUGUUAAUGUUUAGAAUUGGCAUUCUCAGGACAAAUAGAAUAUAUUCAAAUCUCUCUGAGUUAAUUACCAUAUAAAAAGCCAGCGCUAUUGAUAAACUACAGUAAAGGAAAACGGUUUGAAGAAAAUGUCGUUAUUUCACUGGAAAUCCAAAAUCUCACAACUGAUUAGAUGAAAUACUUGUCAUUGUAAAACGUCUGAGCUUUCCCUGUACAGUGAAAUACCAUGGAAGCCUAAGAUAUGAACUAUUAGCAUCUAUUCAAAACUGAAUGGGCCUUUGCGAGACUAUCUGAAAGAGACAGAGGCACUGGAUCUAGGCCCCCAAGGGAGGGUGGUUCUGUGAAUUUAAAUGAAUCCCGAUGUGAAGAUAUUUGUUCCUAUUUGUAUCUCCAUCAUCUGUGAUUAUGUCCAGUUCAACAGUAUAAGACUUAUUUUUGAUUUACAGUGUGCAAAACAGUGUGACCUUGAUAGGAAAAGCAUAUAUGAUCUAUGAAUAGACACCAGACCUGGGUUCAAAUACAUGAAUAUUUAAAUACUUAUUUUCUGUCUAUUUUCAAAUAAUGUGGGCAUAUCAGCUACUUCUAUUUGAAGUAUUUUCAAAUACAUAUUUCAAAAUACAUUAUUUAAUAUACCUCUAGGACGAAACAGACCUGGGUUCAAAUGCAUGGAGUAUUUAAAUAUGUGUAUCUGUCUGUGUAUUUUCAAAUACAUGCCCAUACUUUCCAAGUGUAUUUCCAAAUACAUCGCAAUAUUCAACUGCUUGUAUUUUCAAAGAAAAAAUAUCCAAAUACUUACAGUACUUCAAAAUGUCUUUGGAAGUAAUUAGAAUGUAUGAUUCAGUAUGUUACGAAUUCCAAUUCGUACAAUAUGUUACGAAUUUGUUAGGAAUUCGCUCUGGAUGAGAGCAUCUGCUAAAUGACUAAAAUGUCAAAUGUAAUGACAUUAUUUCAAUCAUAUACCCCUUGGGCAACAUUUGUUAUUCUUCACAUUUUUGCAUUAUGCAAAGCUCCAGUCAUUUGAUUUAGAAAAUAAAAACGUAACUGUAAAUGUUUUUUUCCUUUCAUAUUUGUAACCAGUCAGCUCCCCUUAAAACCCCUACAGAUUUUUUAUACUAAAAACUGAAGAAUAGAAAACUCACAAGGUCUUCUAUUUGGCUCCAAGGCCAGUCACCCUCUCUGAAAAUAGAAAGGCUAAGGGGCAAAUGAGAACAGUCACCUGUUGUGCUUUGAUUGAAAAGAACUAGGCGACUUCUACUACAGUGUGUUGUUUUUGUCCUGUUUUUCUUUCACUUACGUGUUUUGAUUUAUGGCUUUGGGAAUGUGCUGUUUCUCCCCUAGACUCCUCUUGCCUGUGGAACCAGUUUGCCUGCUCUAAGAACAAGUGCAUCGCGAAGCAGUGGCUGUGUGAUGGAGAGAACGACUGUGAGGACGGACUGGAUGAGAGUGUGCAGAUCUGUGGUAAGUACCCACGGUCAUGUGGCAAUACUUUGGGUGAAGGUAACAUGUAUCUCAAACAUGCAGUUUGAUACCAGUCUGACAACCUGAUUACAACAUUGUACAACAUUGUUUUGAGAUCAGUUGUAGACCUUUGAGUUUUAGACUAGACUAUUGAAAUUAUGAUAACACAGAAAUGAAAUUAGAGACAGAUUAAAAAUACUUCGACGAGGUGGUGAGGGAAAAUUGAUUUUUCAUCAUUAUAGCCAAGAGGCAGAGCAAUUUCACCACAUAAAUGAGAUGUUACAAUAAUGAAUUUCCCAAUAAACAGAAAUAACCAUACAACAAUAAAUAUAACAUGUUUGCUGGGAACAGUGGUAUAAUUGGAUUGUAAUGGAAAUGUCAAGGCAAUAUUAAUGAAAUAGCCCUAAGCCUUUCCCUGCACUAUUGCCAUUGAAAGCAAGAAAGUGCAUUUUAACCAGACAAGCAUUAUUGAGCAAAAUUAGGAUUUUGAUUAAUUUCAUUGUAUUGUCUCUGAGGCCACAUAAAAUGUAACAGAUCUUAUACAAUAUAUGCCUAUGCUUGAAUGUAAGUGGCAAGAAGGGAAUUGAUAUUAUAAUUUUUGCAUCCUACAUUGGAACUCAUAGUGGUCUUAGGUUAUAGUUCAGCUCAGUCCAUUAUGCAGUUUGCUUGACCUGUCCCCUUUUUCACCCUAUUUGCCCCAUCAGGUUUGGUGACGUGUGCUCCAGGGCUAUUCAGCUGCCCUGGGUCCUACGCCUGUGUCCCCAAACGCUGGCUCUGUGACGGGGAGAGAGACUGUCCUGAUGGCAGCGACGAACUGGCUGCAGCUGGAUGUGGUAAGUUUGCAAUGGCCCUCCAUAUUAAUGUUAAAUAG